AUGGCUGGCCACCCUCCUUGCACAGAAGCCCUCAUUGUGUCGAGCCCUGGCCAGCUCCACUCUGCUGCUGAAGGCUGCGCCGUGGUGUCUCAGGGCCUGAGGCCCUGCAGGGAGCUGGUUGGGGUGACCAGAAGGCUGCGGAGCUGGCCAAGGUGUGCCAGGUGGCUGAGAAGUCAGCCUCAGUCCCUAUAAGCCAAGCUGGAGCCUGUCCGUCCAGGCACACCUGAGCCUGAUCCAAGUUACUGGGCCAAGUCCUCGAGGCUGUCUCUGAGACCAGAAGGUAUAACCAGAGGGAAACAUGGAUUUAAAUUCCAGGGCAUAAAAGAAAAGUGUAGCAUAUCCAAGAAGUAGCUGAAAAUGACUUUUUACAAUGGAUUGGUCCUGUUUUCAACUGCUGUCUCCAGGCAGUGUUGA